AUGGCAGGCCCAGACAGCAAUCCAUCCUGGAGCAGGCGUCUGUUCAAAGCCGCCCUAAUGGUCCUAGUGGCUCUUCUCCUCGUCCACUCAGCAGCAUCGCAGGCCCAGCGAGACUUUGGCAACCAUGGCCAACAGAAGAGGGAGGCCUCAGGUGAUAUUUUGUCCCAGAUUGGCCGAUCUCUGAAGGAGACGCUGGAUACCUGGCUGGGGCCAGAGACCAUGCACGUGAUUUCAGAGACCCUGUCGCAGGUGAUGUGGGCCAUCUCAUCAGCCCUCUCUGUGGCCUGCUUUGCCCUGUCUGGGAUUGCUGCCCAGCUCCUGAGUGCCCUGGGACUGGAUGGUGAACAGCUCACCCAGGGCUUGAAGCUCAGCCCUAGCCAAGUCCAGACCCUUCUACUGUGGGGAGCAGCAGCCUUGGUCAUCUACUGGCUGCUGUCCCUGCUCCUCGGCUUGUUCUUGGCCUUGCUAGGGAGGAUCCUGGGGGCUCUGAAGCUCGUCCUCUUUGUGGCUGGCUUUGUGGGCUUGGUGAGGUCUGUGCCUGACCCGUCCACCCGGGCCCUGAUGCUCCUGGCCUUGCUAACUCUCUUCGCCUUGCUGAGCAAGCUCACUGGCUCCAAGGGCUCAGGGACCUACCUGGAAGCCAAGGUGAGGGGGCUGGAGCGUCAGCUAGAAGAGCUGCGUGGGAGGCAGAGGCGAGCAGCCAAGGCACCUCGGAGUCUGGAGGAAGAGUGACAGGGGUGUCCCACAGUGACACCUCUCACCAUACCAAAGAGCUGAGCUGCUUCUGGGUCUCAUGGCCCUCCUUGCAGCAG